GAUGAUAGAAUCUUGGAUGUCUGUCUGCAGGGAAAGGGCCUUGGAGAAUCAUCCUGUGAAUUUAACUAAAGCCAGUUCUGAAACCCCCACAACUGCCCUUCUCACCCUUCCAGGCUGCACAAUGAUGUCCAUGUUUCGCUCCAGCUCAUCCCAUCCUCCCACAUGAGAGGGAAGAGAAAUGACUCCAGAGGAGCCUGUUCAGGGGCCAGUGACCUUUGAGGAGGUGGCUUUAUAUUUCACCAGGGAAGAGUGGGCUCUGCUGGACUCUGCUCAGAGAGCCCUCUAUAGAGAUGUCAUGCAGGAGAACUAUGAGAAUGUGACCUCACUGGGUCUCUCUUUGAGGACUGAGAGAGUAUUCGGGUUCACGUAUGUGAGCGCCAGGAGGAACCUCUUUCAAGUUUUCUCCUUCCCGUUCCCUGAUUUUACUAGAAAACAGCCAUCCCUGUUUAGAAGGUAAGAGCCUCCUCAAGGUUUGAAACCUGUUCAGUCUGAUCCAUCUGGUGACAGUUGAA